AUCCAUGUCGGAACGCGCACCAUUCCCCGACGCGGGCGUUCUGCACAGCCUCAUGGAGAAGCACGAAAGGUCAGUCAUCACCACUAUCACGGAGCGCGCAGACAACUAGCGACACACAGACCUGAUGUGAUACAUGCAGCAAGCUGGCUGCAAGGGACAAGGUGGUUCAGAGGUACAUACGGACGCACCCAGACGACCACAGACGCUCAGCAGCUCAUGCACAUGCGUCACCUUGGUUCCUGCAUUGCAUGUGGGCUGGGCAGCCUGAAGGACGCACUGGCGGCCGCGCAGGGGGCCCAGGAGAAGGCGCUCAAGGAUGAGGUGGACAAGGUGAACCGCAAGAACAUCGCCAACGUGUCCAAGAUGCAGGAGGCCUACAAGAAAAAAGUCAUCAGGUGGGGGAUGGAGGGAUGGAGGGAGGGACGGAAGGAGGGAGGGAGGGAGGAUGUUGUUCGUGUGUGUGGGGGUAUGGUGACUGUCAGUUUGGAGAAGAAGUGUGAGAGCGUCGCCGCACAGAAGGACAAGGAGAUACAGCGGUCAGUCGAUGGAUCGAUGGAUGGAUGCGCACAGACAGGCCGGCCUCUUUUGCUUCCCUUCCCCAUCUUGGUCUUUAUCUCAGCCUGAAGGCCCAGCUGCAGCAGCAGGACGUCACGCAACAGUGAGCGGCGACCAGGAGAGGGGAGGGGGCGAGGGAGGUGCGAUAAUGUGCGUGUGUGCACGUGUGUGUGUGUGGUGGGUCGGUCAGGAAGGACUACCAAGAGCUCAAGAGACAGGCAGAGGCCCUAAAGGACGACAAGAAACGGUAGAUGUAUGACUGACAAGACACGUUGCAGACGUCCAUCGACAUCUGUCUGUGUGCUCUCUCGUGAGCUUUUUCCUUCAGCUUGGAGCAGACCAUCAAGGCUAAGUCGACCUCCAUAGCCCAGAAGGACCAGGAAAUCAACAAGUAAGUAGGCGGCACGCAAGGCGCCACACACGCAUGGCCGCUUCUGCUACCGUCACUGCAGCUUGAAGGCCGCCAUGCAGAAGCAGGAUGCGGCGUGCCGUCAGCAGAUGAAACAACACGAGGACCGCCUCAAAAGGUCCCACAAUCCCUCAGCCACAGUACCUCUCGUCGCUGCUCAUUGCUUGUGUGCUGUGUGGUGUGGUGUGGUGCAGUGAGUUGGCCGAGGAGAAGGCGUCGAUCCAAGCCGCCUGCAGCGCCUCACAAGUGGCCCUCAAGGACGAGAUACGGAGGUGAGCCCUUUACCCCGGCACGUCUUUCGUGCAUCUCUCUGUGGCGCCUUUGUUGUUCAGCCUUCACGCAGAGAUCGAGCUCCUCAAGGCCAACGAUUUCGACACGUGAGUGAGAGCAACACACACACGCCCGCCGAUUGUGUAUGUGGGUGUGGUGUGGUCUGUCAGGUUGGAGGCGUCACUCUUGUGGCUCGAGGGCGGCAAGGCUUCAUCAGCCGACGAGCUGACGACCUUCUGCCGCAGCCUGCACGACCGACUCGUCGAUGUCACGGCCACAUCCACCAAGCUGCAGGGCCUGAUCGCAAAGGCCAACGAUGCCGCAGCCAAGCGACGCGAGGCAGAGCUGCAGGCGCUCUUGCGAGGGCACAAUGCAGAGGUGGAGGCACUGCAUAGCAAGCACAAGGCGGCGACGGACGAGGCUGUCGAGGCGGCCAAGGCAGAGGCCAAGGACUGCAUGAUCUGCAUGGCGGCACCCAAGACGACAUACUUCACCGCAUGUGUAACCAACAGAAGAAACCAUCUCGACAUUGUCAAGGGUACUCACCCAGACACCAUGACUGCGCUUGUGUGCUGCUGCUUGAUCAGCGGCAUUUGAGUGUGUGUCCCAGCUGCCGCGACAAGCUGCUGAACGGGCCCCCCAACCGGCGCAAGUGCCCUGCGUGUCGGGUGGCCGUCAGCCAGUGGCGAGAGGUGUACAAUACCUGACGCCUGACGGAUGGACGGGAGGAGGGAGGGAGGAGGCGCGGUGCUGUCGAUCGGUGUAAGUCGUUUUGUUGGGAUGUGCUGAUACGUACAUCCGUACUGCAUACAUUUGUCCGGUCUUUAUUCAUCUCGCUCCAUUGCACAUUGUGCCGUGAGUGAGGGGCUCUGCCAUUUCGUGUGCAUGCAGUAGACACAUUCACACUGACUGUGUGCCAGCUGCAAUGUUAUGCGAGGUCUCCCUGAUUGGUUUCAUAGGUGUUUAUAUGUAUGUGCCGUUUGCUCAUCGAUAGCUGCUUUCUGGAUGGUGCAUACACGUUGCGACCGUGCUGCUUGAGUACAUGUUUGUGCCUAUAUGCGACUCGAAUGAGUCUACGAAUGUGCC